AUUUUCCGUCGUGCUUAAUAAUAAUAAUAUUUCAUUCGUGAAUAAUUUCGUUCUCUGCGAUGGCCGCAAGUCGACGAGCUGAAAGCUGGACUCUGGAAAUUAACAUAAAACCUGGUCGACCUACUUUGCAUCAUGGGAUCCAUAUCGGUGGAAUGGGGGAAAGUCACUGUGUUAGCUGCCAUGAAGGCCGACUUAAUAGCCAUAAGGACUACCGUGUUUAAUAUUGUCCACGAGACUUUCCAAAUAAGUUCUGGAGUACAUUCCUCGCCUGGGUUGUUAUCAAUAGCUGUUGAUGAAAAUUCAAUCGUUAAUUGCACAGCGACCACAAGACGGUAGAACGGUGAUCACUCAUUUAUCUCAUGUUACCUCAUUUCUCAAGUCAUCGUCAUGAACAUCCAAGCGAAUCAUCCUUCAAGUACGGACUCGUCCAGUAUACCGAAACCGAGUUAUUACAAAGGCAUCCAAAAUGAACCGCUGACAAAUAUGACAGUCGGUCAAUUGGUCGACAUGGCGGCCGAGACUUAUCCGGACAGGGAAGCAAUAGUCUCUGUACAACAGAACCGGAGAAUCACCUUUCUAGAACUCAAAAACGAGGUCGACGAGCUGGCAGCUGGACUUUUGGAAAUGGGCAUGAAACCGGGUGACCGACUUUGCAUCAUGGGAUCCAAUUCGGUGGAAUGGGAAAUCACAUUGUUAGCUGCCAUAAAGGCCGACUUAAUAGCCGUGAACAUAAACCCGUUGUACCUGAGUCGUGAACUCUACCAUUGUCUGGAUAAAGUCGACGCCAAAAUGUUGAUCGCUUUUGAGAACAACCCUGGUCAAGAUUAUUAUCAAUUGCUGAAGAACAUUGUGCCAGAAAUCGAGCAGCAACCACACGGUAAACCGGUGACCUCUAGGCAUUUACCCCAUUUGGAAUUCAUCGUCAUGAACACCGAAACGAGUCUCCCCGGGAUCAUCAAGUUCUGGGACGUGUGCCAAUCGGGAACGAUCAAAUCUGCCGCCUACCUAAGAAAGUUAAACCUUGAUCUCAACCCGCAUAAGAUAUGCAAUAUACAAUUCACUUCGGGAUCGACUGGUUCUCCGAAAGGGGCUUGCCUAACGCAUUACAAUAUCGUGAACAAUUCGUACUUCGUCUGUAAAAGACUGCUGUUGAAGAAAAAGGAACACAGAAUAUUGCUGCAAGUGCCGUUUUUUCACACUUUCGGUACCGUCGUUGGAAUCAUGGCGAGCCUACACAGUGGAACCACAUUGGUGUUGCCGGCUUGCGGUUAUAAGCCCAUCGAAUCUGCCAAGGCCAUUGUACACGAAAAAUGCACCAUUUUGUACGGUACGCCGACAAUGUACGUCGACUUGGUUUGCGUUUCCGAAGAACUCCUACAGGAAGGAUAUACGUUUACAACACCGGAAGUGGCAUUUUGCGGGGGAGCUUUGUGUUCUCCACAAUUGUUCAAACAAAUCAAAACGGUUCUCAAUGUCGGACGUUUAGCGUGUGCUUAUGGGAUGACGGAAACCAGUCCUGUUGUCUUUAUUUCCAACCCAGACGAACCCGAAGACAAAACGUGCACUUCCGUUGGCCAAGUGCUCGAUCACUGCGAAGUGAAAGUCGUGGACAAAAACGGCGACGUGGUGCCUAUGGGUACUCCGGGAGAGGCUUGGUUCAAAGGGUACAACGUCAUGCCGGGUUACUGGAAAGACGUGGAAAUGACAAGAAAGACCAUCGACGACGACGGAUGGCUUCGUUCGGGCGACGUAUUCGCAUUGAGCGAAGACGGAUACGGCGUGAUCACGGGCAGGAUAAAAGACAUCAUAAUUCGAGGCGGAGAAAACAUAGAACCGCAGACGAUCGAGUACUUUCUGGAAACUCAUCCAGAAAUCGUCCAGGCUCAGGUGUUCGGUAUACCGGACGAAAGGCUCGGCGAAGUGGUUUGCGCCGCCGUAAAAACUGUAAAAAAUUCCAAGCUCGACGAGAUUGGCGUACGAAAAUUUUGCUACGGCAACAUAGCCAAAUUCAAAGUGCCCAUCCACGUGAUGAUCGUGGACGACUUCCCGAAAACGGCUUCUGGUAAAAUUCAGAAAUUCAAACUCCGCGAAAUUAUGAUUGACCACUUGAACGAAUAGCUGAUUUGUCAUUAACACGACCACUGCCAGUAGUGUAUCGAGUACCUCGUUUAAUUUACACACAGUAGUAUCUAAGACCUGGGGGUUUCUGUUAAAAUGUAAUAAUCGUAUAAUGUAAUUGACUAGGUUGUAAACAA